AUGAUUUCCACCAUCUCCCAACCACCAUCGACCUUCACUGUUCCGCCCUCGCAAAACACGGCCCCAGUGAACGAGUUCCGAUGUCUCUACACCCACGACAUCCAGCGCAAGAAGAAGCGGUGGCAAGAUGGGUUCCUCAAAUUCCACACCUUCAACAAACGCGUCAUGGUGUACGACACCGCGCGCAAUUUUGUGGGCGACCUACACUGGAAAGAUGUGGCCGAGGUCCAGGAGGGCGUCGAAUUAGAGCUGGACAUAGGCGUCCUGGUCGAAGUGACCGAGAAGCUGGGGACGACCACCACGAAUCUGGCCCCGAUUUUCCAGAGGAAGGCGAACGUGGCAUCGAGCAAUCGGCCUCGACCGACGCCGGCUCCGGCGACCGUUAGACAGCCGAUCGCGAUCCAAGGAACGAUCCCCGCACAGAUGCGACAUAAGCCGUUGGCGAGCUUGCUGGGAACGCCGACGGGCAGACAUGGCCGAGCGAUGUUGCCUAUACAUUCUCCGUAUACGGAACGGCAUGGGGAUGGUGAGCGUCAACCAACCGGAGAGAGUGCAAGGAAGAGGCAAAGGAUAGAAGACCCUGGCCAGGAGCCCGGAUGGUCUGUCACUCGAGUCUCG